AUGGGCGGUUCAGGAACCACCUUUCCUCCUCCGCCUCCAGUGCACAGUCAGAACGUGGCCUUGAACGCAACACCUUCUACGGUACCCUUCACCACCCAACCCACUCUCCAAGCAACCACCUCCGAGGGGUCGCACAAGCCCAAACCCUCGUUCUUGAAGGACAUCCGUCGUACACCGUCCGCAAACACCGUGGACAGUAGCAACGCAACAACCUCUUGGACGGUCAGGCAACAAAACAUCCAGAACGGUAUCAAUUCGUCUUCCCCAGCCCAUCAUAACACAGCAUCUUCCCCUCUCGCCCUUGCAUCGCCUACUACAACAACCAUGGCCCGGCCUACGUUGAUGAGUCGAGAGUCAGAAGGAGGCCUAUCCGAGGGAACCUCAGGGGGCACUCAGGACCCCCUCUCGGCAAAAUCAAAGUUCAUGCGUGUACUGAACAAGUUCAAAGGCAAGCACCUACAUAAAGGGUCUUCCACAAGUGGGCCAUCCACUACGGCAUACAACAGCCAGCCACCAGACUCUGUCUCGGACGCGUCCUCUUUUAUCCUACCGUCUACACACUUUGGCCAGGUGGAGUCUAUCGAGUACACCGACCAGGGCUCAACAGCCUAUGCCGCGCGCUCAGAUCUAAGCUCGACAUCCAUGCGAUCCUACGUUGAGCCCCCUAGUGCACAACAAAAGGAGCCUGCUCACAAUGCUGACAUCGCUGAGUCUGACAAGCGUCGUGUUAUCCGCCUCGACCAGAAUCGACCAUCCCUACGCGCCAAGUUCAAGAACCAGGUCACCAACACCCUUGCCUCCAUCAAGUCGUCGUCCAAUCUCCGCGACAAGGCUCGAUCACAAGCUUCGUCCACCGCGACUUCGCCUACCAGUCCAGUGAGUCCACAAUCAACCACGUCUCAAGACCGUCAAGGGUCCAACAUCACCGAUGGCUCGGAACCGCUUCAGUCAAGCACCCCAAAGAGCCGACACUCCAAGGGCUUUUGGACUUUCCCCAGAUCACGACCCGACUCUCAAAUCGCCCAAUCACUCCGCGCUGCCAAUGGCGGACCAUCCUCUGCCGAGCAGCCGUCUCUUCAGCCGCUGGACCAAGACCUGGACACCAUCAUGAUGUCCCCGGAGCUCGCGCCCCUUGAUCAUGAUGAUGGCGCAGACUCGGACCAUUCUAUCGACAUCAUCAUGCCCGGUGACUACGACGACUAUACCCAGUUUGCUGAGCUCCCUCUCAAGAAACGCAAGAAGCUGGAGGCCGCCGCCACCGCUGCCGCUGCUGCAGUUGCACUAAACCCUACCGGCAAGUCGGCGCGAGGCAUGAAGCGGUUCCUACUCCAUCCCAAGAACACCACUGACGACGACAAGGGCAAGAAAACGAUUACUGACCCCUUUCCCAGUAGUGAUCCAGGCACCAGCGUCAUUUCACAAAGGACCAGCAAGAAGCGGCCCAAGGACCAGGACUCGAUAGAACAAAACAUUAGGCACGAGCCCUACAAGAUGGCGAAACACAACUCGGGAGAGCGGUCGCAAUGGCGUAGAGCCAUCAUGCGAUCAUUACACCUAGGUCGUCGUCACCAGGCUGAACAAGGUAUCACGACAUCCUUACAAGCCGACGCUACGUUCCUGAACAUCCAGUCGCAUCGCGACAGCGGUGUCUAUCCCGAUGGUCAAGGUCCUCAAACUGGGCAACAUGAGGGUCCUCAGUCUGUGAGAUCAAAGUCCUUGGCCACCUCGACUCACGCAGCUCUCCUCGCCACAACUAUUUCCAAGUCCCAAGUCCCUGGAUCUCGGCGGGAGACGCUCGAGAUGGCAAUGCGUCGGCGGCGCAGGAGUAGUGCCGCACGCUCGAGCAUCCUGGACCCUAGAGGCUCUUUUCAUAUCCCUGGUGGCCUCACUAUGAUUGAUGAUGACAAUGCAUCGUCCUACAACAUCACACAUACCUUCACCAGCUUCACGCUCGAGUUGGCGGAGCUGCACCAUGCACAUGCUGUGGUCAACAACUCUGCAACGCCUGGGCUCUUCAACUUCAAGCAUCAAUCAAGGGCUCUGCUGCCAGCCGCAGAUGUUGAGUACGAGUUCCGAUCAUUCGAUUCGGAUGGCGACGCUGUCAGUGGCUACACUGGCGACGCUGACAUCUCGAUGGAGGAGAUUUACGUGCGGCCAAGAACACCCGCACCACGGAGCACACCCGAGAGCAAGGACAAAGGCAAGGCUCGAGAGGCGAGCUCUCCUGAUAGUUUGGCGCGAAGGAGAAUCUCAAGUGUCGAAGGCGAGUCUGACACUGUCUCUGAGUUACCUACGCUAUCUAUCCGAACAAGGGAUCUGAACAGGAGCAGCAGCGGUGGUGGUGGUGGUAGUCGAGCAAGCGGUCGCGAGAGUCCAAGGUCUCCUAGGAAAGCAGGCGCCACGUCUCCUACCCUUCACCGCAAGCCAAGUCGGCAGUUUUUGAACGGCAGCUAUGUCGCCUCGGGUACUCCAUCCCCAGGCCAACUUUCCGGCAACAACCCAUCGAUAGACGAGGCUCUUGCCUUGAAGCCAAGAAACAUCUUGCAGCCGGCAAGACCACAUGUUCCCGCGUUGACCUUGAACACCAAGCAGCCGCUCCCAGUGACAAAAGGUAGUGGACUCUCUUCGUCUACAACGUUGGUUCCAUCUUCACGAUCGCCACAUUCGGCAAACUCGCUGAUGUUGACUCAAUCUCCUGGUUUAAUUUCACCAACAGGGUUCGCAAGGCAAGAGUCGCAGCACCACCAACGGAACUCGUCUUCUUACUCUCAAUAUUCCAGCCAACACCAGCAGCAAGCCUCCUCCGAUACCCUUGUGCCGCACCACCUCAAGAACUUUAGCACUGCAUCGACGAUGUCUGCCGGCUCAAACUACUCUGCCCAGACUCUGAAUGGAGGCAAUGGCCCCGGCCCUCUGCUGUCGACCUUCCAACCUGUCGAGUUUGAUCCAAGCCAGGAAUUCCCACCAACAACACCUGUGGACCUGAAAGCCAUGGAUUUCGACACGCUUCUGAAGGCAGCAGAGCGAGAGCAGCAGAAGGGGUCGGGUGAUCUCAGACUCAAAAAGCGCAAGAGCUACCAGUUCAAAGACCUCCAGUCGCUCAAGGAUCGUCAUAAUGAACUGAGCGCGCAUGUCAGGACUGACAGCGACAUUACCGGCAAGAGAGUCGCGCCAGGACUGUAUACCAAGCCAUUGAACACCAAGAGCAGCCUCACGGCAGCAUUGGUCAAGUCGGCGCCCAACCUGGAUGAGCUCCACACGCGAGGAGGAGGAGCCGACACGAACAAUGGCGUCGGCACUAGCAGGGGCGUCAAGGCUGGGAUCCCUACCAGUCGUGCUGACCCACUGAGGAUUCCAGUCUCCAGGAGCGCCAUUACCUUUGAUGUUGACGAGAACGCAGUAGCCGUAGCGGCGGCAGCCUCUCGUAACAACCCACGGACCAAGCGGGUCAUGAAGAAGAAGAUGAGCGUGAUCAAGCUGAGCGGCAAUGUUCAAGGUCGCCGCGAAGAUGACGGCGUGAUCCGCGUUUCUGUCUCGUCCCCCUCAGGAGAAUUUCGUCAAGCACGCGCCUACUAA